AUGACAGAGAUCAAUGUCAAUGAAGAUAAACGUCCUUCCAUAGAAAAAAAGUUUAAGUUUGAGUGUUACCUUCUGGCCGCAAUGGCGUAUGAUUGUUAUGUAGCCACCUGUAACACACUGCUCUAUACAGCAACUAUGACCAAGAGAAUCUGUGCCAGGAUGGUGGUUGGGUCGUACGUCAUGGGCAUUGUGACUUCAUCAGUGGUCAUUGGUUCAGUGUUCACUUUGUUUUUCUGCAGCUCUAAUGUCAUCAAUCAUUUCAUCUGUGGUAUCCCUCCCCUGCUGUCACUCUCCUGCAGUGACACAUGUACCAAUGAAAUUAUGCUUUUUGCUCUAGCAGGCUUGGCUGACCUAAGUUCUGUUCAGCAGUCCUCGUCUCCUAUUCCUUUUAUUACCCCUGCCAUCCUUCGGAUCCGUUCUGCUGAGGGCAGGCACAAAGCCUUCUCCAUCUGCUCCUCCCACCUGAUGGCUGUCACCAUUUUCUAUGGGACUCUUCCUUUUGUGUAUUUACCCCCAAAUUCCAGUUACUCGCUGAAUACAGACAAAGUGGCCACUGUGUUCUACACAAUGAUAACCCCCAUGCUGAACCCCCUGAUCUACGGUCUGAGGAACAAGGGGGUGAAGGCUGCCCUGAGGAAAAUAAUAGACAGAAAACAUAUUUUCUCCUUUCUGAGGGCCUGCACUCCCCAGAGAGAGUACAUCUCCCAGGAUGCAUGGCAGCAAGGAUUCCCAUGA